AGCCGGACAAUACAAGAUUAACAAGGUUGAGUAGCAGUAGCAAUAGUUUCCAAAGGGCGACGAGCAGAGAGAUGGUGAGCCUCGUGGUGGCAACCACCACUGACCCUGCCUCUAUCGGCCCUGCCUCUGCCCUUCUCUCCAUGCCUGGUUGGCACCCUGGCCCCUCUCUUCAGGGGAAUAUGUCGAGUUUUGUGAAUAAGGAAGUGAGGUUGUUAAAACAUGAUAAUAGUAUUGUCAGAGAGGAUCAUUUGGAUAAGAGGUGGGAGGCUGCUACCGGUGAGCUUGUUCACGAAGUUAUUUUUCUGAGCAAGCACACUGCUGCCUCGAAUCGUCCCGCUCUCACCAUUCACCCCAUUGGUGUGCCUCACUUGCGUGAAAGUGAUGUGUCUCCAGCGGGUGGAAAACCGGGGUGGGCUGCACCUCCAAAUCCUAGAAUAGGGCCAUGGUUGAAGUUGUUGAAGACUAUAGCUCAGGCUCAUGAUUUAACUCCUGAAUUUGAGGUCACGCUUGAGGCAACCCAUCAUGGACCUGAAAUUAAUUCACCGACAAUGUUUGUAGAAAUUGGUAGUACAGAGGAGUACUGGAAGAGGCAGGAUGCUGCACAAGCCAUUGCUUUAUUAGUUUGGGAAGGGCUUGGACUUGGAGGAGGCGAUGCUGUUGGAGACUGGAGCAGGAAUAAUGGCAAAAACAAGAUCCUUCUAGGUCUUGGCGGGGGACAUUAUGUACCCCGCCACAUGGAUGUUAUCCUGAAAGACACUGUCUGGGUAGGGCACUUGCUUUCUGGCUAUUCGUUGUUAAUGGAAGACCCGGGUCAAUCUAAAGCUCGGGAAAAUCCAGGGGAAGUUGGUGGAACAUGGAAAGAAGCUAUAAAAGUUUCAUAUGAGACAUCUAAAGCAGCUUUUCCCGGAGGAGAUGUUCUGGCACAUAUUGAUCAAAAGAGUUUCAAAGGUUGGCAGAGAAAUGUGAUUAUGAGUUUCCUAGCCGAACAGAAUAUAAAAGUUGGAAAGCCUGGUGAUUUCUGCUAAUGUGCUCGACGGUGGCCACCUGCAGUAGACUGAUUGUACAAUUUAGUAAAUUCAUAUACAGAUUAAAUAUAUAUUAUUCCUAUUAUUGAUAUUUUCCACUAGAAGAAAUAAGAGAUGAACAACUACUUCCAUGUCAAGUUACCAGUGAUACUGUUAUUCAGAGUUUACAGUUUA